AUGGACCCAGAGAAUGCAGCACAUGAGUCUGAAAGCGCGGAGGACGAGUCUGAAAGCGGAGAGGAAGAAGAAGAUGAUGAUGGGGAGGAGGAAUCUGGCGAAAGCGUAGAAGAGGAGGGCGAAGAUGAUUAUGAAGACGAAGAGGAGGAUGAACCAACCCUUAAAUAUGAGCGUAUGAGCGGAGCGAUUAAUGACCUUCUCAAGAAGGACUCGGCUUCUGCUCUUGCGGUCUCAAAUAACCUUCUGGCACUUGGAACACAUAAUGGCAUUGUUCACAUCAUCGAUUUAACGGGUAAACGCAUCAAGUCGUACAAACCCCAUCAAGCUUCAGUAAGUGAUACAGAGUUUGACAGCACAGCGGACUUCGUGGCGACUGCCUCUAUCGAUGGACAGGUCGUUAUUCAAUCCCUCUCGACCCAUGAGUCAUACAUGUUCGACAUGAAACGACCAAUCCGGACUUUAGCACUAGAACCUCAUUUUGCGAAGAAAAGUACUCGGUCAUUCGUGUGCGGAGGCAUGGCCGGGACACUGGUGCUGAGAGAAAAGGGUUGGCUAGGGCACAAAGAAACAAUCCUCCACUCCGGUGAAGGUCCAGUGUGGCAUGUGCGAUGGCGGGAACGCCUAAUCGCAUGGGCUAAUGAUUCGGGCGUCAAGAUCUACGACACCCAGUCCCAAAUGCGGAUCACAUUCAUCGAGCGCCCAACCGAUAGCCCUCGUGCGGACCUUUUCAAAUGCACGCUACAUUGGCAAGACGACACAACUCUCCUGAUAGGAUGGGCGGACUACGUAAAGAUCGCGCAUAUUCGAGAGCGCCCUCCGACCGCAUCAGGCGGCUCUAAUCAACCUCCUUUCAUCGUUGAGAUCACCGCCGCAUUCCAGCUUGACUGCAUGAUCUCGGGGAUUGUAUCAAACUCGCUCUCGAUGCCAAUAUCUCAGGACGGAUCCUCUGCGCAGGCCACAACACCGUCAUCAUUUUUGGUAUUGGCUUACCAAACACCAGAUACAUACGGUGACGAGAUGACGGAAGAUCGUGCAAGACAAGCUCGUAAAACAGCUGAGCGCCCUGAACUACGGAUAAUCUCUCACACAGGUGAAGAACUAUCGGCCGAUGCGCUGGGUGUUACGAACUAUCAAGCAUGGAGUUGCAACGACUAUGUAAUGGCGGAGGUCGAUGGGCUGAACUCGCCAGGGAAAACAGGAAAAUGUUACGUCGUUAUUAGCCCCAAAGACAUUGUGAUCGUGCGGCCAAGGGACAGGAAGGACCACAUCUUGUGGCUCGUGGAUCAUCAGCGGUAUGACGAAGCGCUCCAAGAAGUAGAGAAACUUGACGAGGACGAACGUUCUGCGGAUGAUGAUAAGUCUGAGAUCAAUGCUAUCGCUAUAGGAGAACGAUAUAUCCGACACUUGGUGGCUGAAGGCAACUUUGCUAAGGCUGCAAGUAUUUGCCCGACGGUCUGUAACACAGACGUCGAACGCUGGGAAAAUUGGAUUUUCGUUUUUGCUCAAAGUCAACAACUACAGGCAAUCAUUCCUCAUGUCCCUACCGAGGCACCUCAACUUGGCCACCUGGUCUAUGAGAUGAUUCUUGCACACUUCCUCGUGCAUGAUAAGCAGUCUUUAAUGCGCACUAUCAAGGAGUGGCCAAAGUCUAUUUAUGAUGUAUCCGCCGUCAUUGUUGCAGUGCAAGCGGAACUUGACCGGUCGCCAUCAUCAUCAUCCUCAAGAAGUCUCCCCGCACCGGACGGUAUCAUUCUCAUGGAAUGUCUAGCUGAACUUUAUACUGCCAAUCGACAAUAUGGGAAAGCGCUCCCAUUUUUCCUCCGCCUCAGACGACAGAAUGUAUUUGAACUCAUCAGGGAGCAUAAUCUUUUCACCGAUGUGAAGGAUCAAGUACUCUUGCUGAUCGAGUUUGAUCAAGAGCUCCUUGAGAGGCGGAAACAAGAAGGCACAGAAGCUGAAGCAAGUACCAGCGAAGCGAUUGCUUUACUGGUGGAUCAUAUACAUUCCAUACCUAUCGUUCGCGUGGUUCAGCAGCUCCGCGAUCGCCCCUUCUAUCGAUUCCUUUACCUAGAUGCGUUGUUUAAAAAGGACUCUCAGCUUGGGGCAGAGUUCGCCGAUCUUCAGGUUACGCUGUUCGCCGAAUUUGCAACACACCGCCUGAUCGACUAUCUUCGGGCGAGCACUUCGUAUAAUCUUGAGGCGGCGUACAACGAGUGCAAGAACAGGGAUCUUGUAUCCGAGAUGGUAUUCUUACUUGGUCGCAUGGGCAACAACAAGAAGGCCUUAACACUCAUUAUUGAGCGUCUAGGCGAUGUUCACAUGGCCAUUGAGUUCGCUAAAGAGCAAAGUGACGACGACCUUUGGGAAGAUCUUCUCAAAUAUUCUGAAACACGUCCAACUUUCAUCCGUGGUCUGCUGGAAAAUGUCGGAGCUGAAAUCGACCCCAUCCGUUUGAUUCGUCGGAUCAAGAACGGGUUGGAAAUUCCUGGCCUCAAGGAAGCACUGAUCAAGAUUCUUCAUGACUUUCAUCUUCAGAUUUCCCUUCUGGAGGGAUGUCAGACGAUUCUCAACGGUGACAGCUCCGACCUUGCCAAGACGCGCUCAAAGGGCCAGAACAGUGGGUUCUUCAUGAAAUCAAAAACGAUUUGUGUGCUAUGUACGCAACCCCUACAGCGAUUACCACAAGACCUUCUUUUGCUAUUCUUGUGUCAUCACGUAGUUCACGCCAGCUGCGUAGAUGGCAUGGCAGACAUCUACAGCCACGAGGAACCCAAUGAAGGCAUAAGUACUAUUGCCGGUGGAGUAAGCGCUAAGAUUGCUUUUGCUUCGGUAGUGCGGGCUAGAAUUCAUCACGGAUGUCCUGUUUGUCACAGGAGAAGUGAAGGGAAUCUGAUGUAACUGCAUAUUUUGUCUCUCCUUUGCAUGAUUUACUGUAUACCCUUGCAUUCACGUCAUCUUUUCUGCAUAUCAGAUCACUUACGGAUCGGACCCUACAACAGUUUUACAAUGGGCUUGGGUAUAUCAGAUUGACGUUGCUUUCCGCUGUGCAACCGAACACAUUACAACUUUCGUUCGUGGUCUAAUGUCUGAAUCUCCAAAUCCUGCACGACCUCCGCGCCCUCCUCACCUUCAUUCUCUUGUAACCCAUCCUCAGGGAGCAGCAAGUUCAGCACCAAGGCAACAAGGCCAGAUAUCAAAACUGCCGUCUAGGAUUGAGUACCACAGGUAUGCUU